AUGGCCAGCUUUCCUACAUUCGACCCUUCACGUCUUACGAAGAAGACCGCCGCGCACUACUCUUCUGAAUCUGAAGAGGAGGACGAUGACGACUUCCUCGCGCCAGUCGCCGACCCGUCGCAAGACGAUUUCAGCGACCUCAACCCGCGCAAACGCCGGCGCGUCGGCGACACGAAAGAGCGCGCUGCUUUGGGCAUUUUUGCAUCCGACAGCGAAGAUGACGGUCCGAAUCGAAGAUGGAAGAAGAAGACGCUGCGAGACAGGGGCAUGAACUUUGUCUCGACCGGCGCAACGACACUCGACCAAGACGAAGAAGACGCAAACGAGGCGAACACCAAGGAGUACUCCGACGACGAAGACGAAGACGAAGAAGAUGACGAAGAAGAUGGGGGCGGAGGAGUCGGCCUGGGAUUCGGCGGUGCACAGCGCGGCCUAGGCUUCAUGUCUGCCUCAAAAGACGAGAGUGACGGCGAAGACACAGCCGGUGCUCCCUUGCGACCCUUCGCAAAGACAAAGUUCGACGGCAAGAACCCACUCGGUCGAGGCUUCGUGCCCUCAUCUGCGAACGCACCAGUCCUGAAUCCCGAUCUCCCCGACACACCCUCGAUGCCCAAGAUGGCCCGACCGAGCGCUUUCGGCGCGAAUGGAGCCAAGGGCAAACCGAACCCGAAAUCUUUUGGUGCCAGGAUGAUGGCAAAGAUGGGAUACAAGGAAGGAGAAGGUCUCGGCGCGGACGGCAAAGGUCGAAGUGUGAUCAUCGAAGCACAUCUGCGACCUCAAGGUAUCGGUCUGGGUGCCGUCAAGGAGAAGUCAGAACACGAGCGAAAGGAAGAAAAACGGCAAGCGAAACUCCGAGGCGAGGUUGUUGUUGACUCGGACGAGGAGGAAAAGAAGAAGAAACGUGAGAGGAAGAAGAAGCUUGGGAGUGCAGGCGACAGCAGUGCCAGCACCCCGAAGCGUCAGAAGCCGAAGUACAUGACCGCGGAGGAGAUCAAGAAGUCUGCCCCAGGACUACACAUCCCCGAGGCUUUCGCCCCCAUCCUGGACAUGACGGGUCCCGGCAACAAACUCUUGACCACCGCCUCUGGACUCUUGACGCCCACCUCCGCUGCGGUGGUCGAAUCGCCUGAAGUGGCAGCAGCUCGGAAAUUGGUGAAGAGGGCGCAUGCUGAUCUCGCAGCGUUUUCCGAGGAAUGGAGGAAUCUGGAGGAGCGGAAGACCUGGGUCGACCUCGAGCUUCGAGAGCGGGAACAGGAGAUGGCCGACCUGGCAACAGACCUGGGAAGACUCCAGCUGUUUUCCAAGAUUGUCACGCACGAGCUCCCUGCUGCUACUGAGUGGUCAGAUGUUAUUCGCUGUCUGAAUAAGGCAGUUGAGCAGAUCGGGUCGUCCACGGAAGAGAUAGCGGACCUUGCCGUCGCAGCCAUCCAUCCAUUCCUCCGCGAGCCUGACUGGGAUCUGUUGGAACAGCCGACGCGGUUUGCCACAGAGUUGAAGGGGCUGGGGACACUGCUAACGAAGUCUGGAGAGGGUGAAAAGAGUGUGGACAAGUGGAAUUCUACAGGCUUGAACAACACCGACCUCUACCGCCAACACCAGAAGGCGACAACACCGUACGAGACGAUGAUGUACAAGUUUUGGUAUACGCGGGCCAUGUCGGCCAUACGGGACUGGGACGUCUUCAACCCGACUCCCCUCUUGGCUGUGCUUGAAGCCUGGAACGACUUGCUGCCUCCCUUUGUUCGCGCCCAGUUCCUCGACGGCAUCGUCCGCAAGCUCGAAACGGCCGUGGCAGAAUGGAACCCGAAGAAGAAGCGCCAGAGCCACAAGCUCCCCCACCUAUGGCUAUUCCCCUGGCUGCAAUACUUGCCUUCGUAUCACCUGGAUCCCAAAGGCACUGGAUUGGUCGCCGAGGUGCGCAGAAAGUACAGACAACUUAUCGACGUAUGGGAGUUUGAUCGCGGCGUGAUCCCUGGCCUGGAACAAUGGCGCGAGGUGUUCGGCGACCAAUGGCGUCCGUUGAUAAUGAGCCAUGUGCUGCCAGCGAUGGGACGGUACCUCCGCAAGAACUUCAGAAUCGACCCGAGCGACCAGGAGCCCUACCUGCCUAUGCUCGAGGGCGUUCUCAAGUGGUCUGACAUCCUUACGCCCAAGGUGCUGGGCGAGGUCAUUGUCGCCGAGGUGAUGCCUUUGUGGCAUGAUAGGCUGAGUGAAUGGCUCAGGCUGGAGGAGGCCAGCUUUGAAGAGAUUGCGGCUUGGUUUGAAUGGUGGCGAGACAGUGUAUUCCCCGAAAAUAUCAAGCAUCUCAGGUCGAUUGAGGCAGAGUUCAACAGGGGCAACGCUACAAUCGAGAAGGCCCUGGAGAACAUGAUUUAA